CUUCUUUCUUGCCGCCAUAUUGUUUUAUAAGUUUGUUUAGUGGUUUGUUCAUUCAAGUUCUCGUCUCGUAACUUUCCUUUUAUUGUGUAUUUAGCUACGUUUUUCUCUGUAACUGAUAUUAUUCAACAAACUCUCUCAGUUGGAGCGUUAGGUUUACUGUAUUGGAGAUGAAAAAGAACUGAGAAAUGCCAAAGGUUGUAUCCAAAAGUUUUGUCGUUUCGGACACAAGAGACAAAGAAGAGUAUAAUGACGUUAGCACUGCUGUUUAUGUGUACUAUUGUUUAUGUGGGCAAUUAGCCUUAAUUUUGGACACUACUCUGGAGAAUUUGCCCUUGCGUAGAAUUGAUCAUGCCCGUGUUAUUGACUCGAAGAUACAUGCAUAUAAAUUAAGUUGCAUUGAAGGUGAUGAGGUAUUCUUAAGGCGAGAGAAGGGUGUUGAAAGACAAUUUCGACAGAAAUGUAAAAGUUGUGGCUUAUGGCUUUUUUAUAAUCAUGUGAAGAAAGAUGUCAAGAUUACUUUUGUUGUGGAUGGUGCUUUAGUUCUUCAAAAAGAUCCAGAUGGGAAAAAUCUAUUGCAACAAAAGAAACCAAAGAAAGUUAUGAUGACAAAACGCACUAAAGAGUUUGGAAAGUUUAGCUCAGUUACAGUAUCCACAGUUGAUGAGGAAGAAGAAGAAAUUGAACAACAAGAAGUAGAAACAUCAUACUCUCAUAAUGCUAAAAUCAUAGAAAAACAGCUUGAGAGGAAAACAACAGCUCAAAAACGUGCCAAUGAUGCUGGCAUGGAAGGAAGGAUAAAGAAACCUAAAGGAACUCUCAUAGAUAGAUGAUCAAUUAUAUAUGUAUUAAAAUCAUGUAGUUCUUGAUUUAAUAUUUAAUUAGUUUUGAAAACUCUGGUCAAUUCAUGAUCAAUUGUUCA